AUAAACUUCAAAUGUUAGAACUUAAGAAUAAAAUUGAAUGGCCAGAAAAUCUAUUUAUCACCAAUCAAAAUCUAAAAGUUUUAUCUUUGAAUGAAAAUUAUAUUUUAGACUUGCCAGCAAAUAUUUUUCAAUCGCAGGAAAAUUUACAAGAACUGGAUUUGUCCACCAAUAAAAUCCAGAAUCUUCAACUCAAGUGGUUUGCCAAUAUGAAAAGAUUGAAAAGUUUGAAUUUAUAUGCAAACCAAAUUAUUGAAUUACCAAAAGAUAUCUUCACAGCAUUAACAAGUUUGGAGACAAUCAAGUUAAGAAAUAAUAGAAUUAAAAUUAUCAACUCAAACUCAUUCGGCAUUUUACCAAAACUAUCAACUUUGGAUUUGAGCUUCAAUCGUAUAAAUGCAAUUGAUGAGCAAUUGAUUGAUAAUACUGGAAUAGCAGACAUAAAUUUAUCUGGAAAUAAAUGCUACGACUCAAUUUUUUUCGACAACUCAACUACAAAAGAUGCAUUAUUUUUGGAGUUACAAAAUUGCUAUACAAAUUUCAAAAUUAUUCAAAACAGAAGACUCUACAGAAACAGUGACAUCCCAGAAUGUGAAGGUCACAGAAGCGAUAACAUUAUGCUCCAAAUUUUAAAUCAAUUAAAAAUAUUAACAGAUCAAUUUAAAGACCAAAUCGAGAAAUUUUCACAAAAACAAGAAAAUCAACAACAACAUUUGGAAUCUAUAGACACAAAAAUUGAGAUUCUUGCCAAUGAAAAUGAUCUGUUAAGGACCAAGAUUCAAGAACUAGCCAUCGUCCCUUCUGCGGACGAAGAUUUGAAGAUGGAAUAAAUUCUAUUAUUUCAUACUUUACUAAAUUAAAGCUAUUUUCCUGUAAUGGUUUUUUGAAAAUUAAAUUUCAUAGAUUCAAAGUUUGGCGUUUUAUAAAAAUGUGUUAUUCCAAUAAAAUAAGAAAAUUUAAGUAAAUUGAGCAAAAGUAAUGAGUUUUACUAAUUAAAAACGUUCAAUUACUUUAAAAAAAACAGCAGUUAUCAAAAGCGAAAAAAAGAAGUCUUUAUUUACUUCCAAUAUUAAGAUUUAAACGACCUGCCAUCCAGCCAGCAUGCUAUGUAGAGUCAACAUUUUAUACAUUUGGUGCUCGACAAUGACCUUCUGAAUUAAAGCUAUCAGUGAGUUUAUUUAUAACUGCUAUUAUCAGCAACUUACUUAAAUAAGUACGACCACUCAGUUGAAUUUUAAACUUCAAGUUGUCAAAAUGGAUUUUAAAUUGGUGCUGAUAUUAACAUUCAUUAUUAUAAAUAUUCAAUCAUGUUUAACAUGGAAGCAAGGCAUAAGUUGCUCAUACCGAAAAAAUAAUCAGUUUAACUAUGAAUGUCUUCUUAAAAUUGAAAAUCUUUAUGGAUCUGACGAUAUUCAAGGCAUCAGUGGAACACAUUUAAAUGGAUAUUCAGAUGAAAAAGUGCAUAGAAUUGUUGGUUGGGAUAUUGAUUCUGAAAACUUCCCUAAAAUAAUUUGUGAAAAAUUUAAGAACCUUCAGAAUAUUGAUUUUCUUCAUGGAUAUAAGUAUAUUUCCCAUAGAUUCUUAAAAGCUGGAUUAGAAACUUUAAAAAAUUUCCAAAAUCUUUCAUCAAUGGCGAUUUCAUUAAAUUCUAUGGACAAAAUUAAUAAUAACACUUUUAACGGCUUUGAAAACCUUCAAAUUUUAGAACUGAAAAAUAAAAUAGGUUGGCCAGAAAGUCUUUUUUUAACCAAUCAAAAUUUAGAAGUUCUGUCAUUGAAUUCUAAUGAAAUAUUUGACUUAUCAGAAAAUAUUUUUGAAUCUCUUGAAAAAUUGCAGAAUUUGAGUUUAUCGCACAAUCAAAUUCUGAAUCUACGUCAAAAAUGGUUCGUAAACAAGAAAAACUUAAAAAAAUUGUAUUUAAAUGGAAAUAAAAUUCGAGAACUUCCAAAAGAUAUUUUCGCAUCAUUAAUAAGCUUAGAAAUAAUUGAAUUAGGCGAGAAUUUUUUAAAAAUAAUUUAUUCUAAUUCAUUCGGGACUUUGCCCAAGCUUACAACCAUUUAUUUGCAAGACAAUGAAAUAAAUGCAAUUGAUGAACAAUUAAUAGACAAUACUGGAUUAGAAGACAUAAAGUUGAUUGGAAAUAAAUGCUAUAGCUCAGACUUUUUCGACAAUUCAACUACAAGAGAUGCAUUGUUUUUGGAGUUACACAAGUGCAUUACAAACUAUAAAAAAAUUCAGAACAGAAAACUCUAUAGACAAAGUAGCACAAUAGAAAAUAAAGCUCUUGAAAUCAUGCUCGAGACCUUACAAAAUAAAGUCUUAUUACAAAAUCAAGAAGUUCAGCAACAGCAGAAAAUCUUACAACUAAUGGACGUAAAAAUUGAUAUGCUAAUGAAAGAAAAUGAAGAGUUAAAGAACAAGCUUAAUAAUUUAAGCAACAAAAUUAGAAGAAGAGACAAUCAUGAUUAACCUAAUAAUUUUAUUUGACGGUUAAAAUGUCGUGAGCAAUGUGCGAAUCAUUAUCAUAUCGACAACAUUCUUUAUAAUGAUUGAAAUAUCGGUCUCUGAUGAGAAUCGAACCAACGUCCUCACAACAGAAAGUAAAAGAUAUCCGGUCUCUAGUUUAACCACUCAGGCCUUUUUCUAUUUCUGGUAGAUUCGUCUACAUAUGAUUCGCCAAAUUUUACUCUUUCACCACUCCAAAGCAUUUUAAGAAUUUGAAGUUGGACCAAUAAAAUCAUUCUUCACAAACACAAGAUUGAAUUAAAUUGUAGCGAUAACGGAAAUAAUUUCUAAAGUAAUAAAACUUGCUGAUAGUCACAUUUUUGUUUUAUAAUCUUGCAAAAAAAAUUAAUUAAUAGGGUUUGUUAAUAAAUAAUGUCCAUCAAGAAACGGAAUUUUAAGCUCUUACCAUUCAUCUUCAACUUACAAAACUUUUAAUUUCAAUAAAAGUGUCAAACAGCCACUGACCUUAUCUCCUUCCUCCCCCCCCCCCCCCCCCUCUCUUCUCAAAGGUUAGACAUCAUUGAUGAACGACCUAUUAUUUAUUCACAGUAAAAUCACAUUUUAAUCUUUAACUGUCUGUUGAUUGUGCUGAGUGAAUAAAAAUAAUUUUAAAAUGAUUCUAAAUUUAUAUUUAAUUCUUACAAUAAUGACAACAGCUUUUGCUCAACUUGAUAUUCUAAGUUGUGACUACAUAAUUGUAGUUUCUAAGUAUUCAUGCUUAUUGACCAUCAAAAAUCCAAAUCAGCUCAACAAUUUCAUCAGAUUAAACGGUUCACAUUUAGGUGGAUAUGGAGAUGACAAUGUCAAGAGGAUUGUCGGUAACUUUCAGCCAAAGCUGUCAUACAUUCCAUCAAGAAUAUGUCAAAAAUUCAAGAACAUAGAAUCUAUGGAUUUUACUCGAAGUAGCAUCAAAAAGUUGGACAAAAACUCCUUUAAAGAUUGCAAAAAUCUUUCAAGUUUAAUUCUGGAUCUGAAGAUGACUACCAAGAUUGAUAAUAAUACUUUCAGUAUGAAUCAUAAUUUGAGGAAUUUAGAGAUCUCCAAAGCAACAUCACUGCCUGAAAAUAUAUUCUCAAGACAGCAUAAUUUAGAGACUUUAAUGUUGGUGAUGAACAGUGCAUUCAAGUUGCCUGACAAUACUUUUGAACCAUUGAAAAAAUUGAAGAGAUUUGAAUUCAAACGCAGCAAAAUCACGCAUUUAAUAAUUCAAUGGUUCCAGUCACUUGAAAGUUUAGAAUUUUUGGACCUAAGUUGGAAUAGAAUUUCCCAACUUCCAAAAGACAUUUUCAUUCCUCUCAAAAAUCUUCAGAGCAUCACACUGGAUCACAAUCAACUACAAAUCAUCAAAUUUGACUCAUUCGGAGUUUUACCCAACCUGGAAGCCGUAAGUCUGCAAUAUAAUCGAAUAACUGCAAUUCAGAGACUGUUUAUUGAGAAAUGUGGAACAAAAUUCAUUGCAAUGGCUGAUAAUGGAUGCUCUGGUGAGACUUCUUAUGAUAAUGCGAUUGAGAGAAGCUCUCUCAUGUUUAGUUUAAAGCUGUGCUUUGAUAAUUACGUUAAAGUGAGCAGCAAUGAUUAUUAAAUGUCUGAUUUAUAGUUUUUGUUUGAUAAGAGUAUUAAAUUCAAACGUAUAAACUGUAAAU